AGGGUCUGUUGCAGCUGGGUCUGUUUGAAGCUCCCUCCUGGUCGGUGACCUGUUUUCUCGCGAUGACAGCUUCCUGCGGAUUUGCUGAGACGGACGGCUCUCCUUAACAGACUGGAGGAUGAACAGAGGAGGCGAGAGGGCUGUCGGAGUUUAACAUGCAGAGGAAGCAGCUGCUCGAUUGAAUUUUCUCUGUUUUUGUUUCGGCUAGAACGAGUGCUGCUAGAGGAUAUAGUAAGGAAAUGAGCAACAGGAUGGAGGGUACAGCAGGACCAGGCACCAGGGCGAAUGGGCCGGUCCCGGCGCCCAACGGGAACCAGGUACCGCCGCCGCCGAGUCCGACUCUGGCCAAGGAGGAGCUGGAAGAAGAGCAACCGUCUUCACUGACCGACGUCUCUCAAAUGUGGAUUAAAUUUGCCAAAACAUUUGCUGUCAUAUUCCCCAUCUACGUGCUGGGAUACUUUGAGUUCAGCUUCAGCUGGGUUCUGAUUGGACUCGCCAUCCUUUUUUACUGGAGGAAGAACCAUGGCAGCAAGGACUACAGGAUAAACCGGGCUUUGGCAUUCCUGGAUCACAAGGAUACGGCCGCGAGGCAGAGUCUGCCAGCAACGGAGCUGCCACCCUGGGUUCACUAUCCAGAUGUGGAGCGAGUGGAGUGGCUCAAUAAGACGGUGAAGCAGAUGUGGCCGUUCAUCUGCCAGUUUGUGGACAAACUGUUCAGGGAGACCAUCGAGCCGGCUGUGAAGGGGGCCAACCCCCAUCUCAGCUCCUUCUGCUUCACCAAGAUCGACAUGGGAGACAAGCCGCUCAGAGUGAAUGGGGUGAAGGUUUACACAGAAAAUGUGGACAAAAGGCAGGUCAUCAUGGACCUGCAGAUCAGUUUUGUUGGUAACACAGAAAUUGACAUCGACAUCAAGAAGUUCUACUGCAGGGCUGGAAUCAAAAGCAUACAGCUUCAUGGCAUGCUGAGGGUGGUGAUGGAGCCUCUGCUGGGGGACAUGCCUCUGAUCGGAGCCCUGUCUGUCUUUUUCCUCAAAAAACCUAUGUUGGACAUUAACUGGACGGGUCUCACGAACAUGUUGGAUAUUCCAGGUGUGAAUGGUUUGUGCGACGGCCUCAUCCAGGACAUCAUCUACAGCUACUUGGUGCUGCCGAACCGUCUCAACAUCCCUCUGGUGGGAGCGGCUGAGCUGGCCAGAAUCCGCUUCCCCAUUCCAGAGGCCUUGGUAAGAAUCCACUUUAUUAAAGCCCAGGACCUACUGGGCAAGGACAAGUUCCUGGGAGGACUAAUCAAGGGCAAGUCCGACCCAUAUGGAGUCAUCCGGCUCGGCACACAGGAAGUCAAGAGCAAAGUCAUCAAAGAGACCGUCAAUCCCAUCUGGAACGAGGUCCAUGAGUUCUUGAUGUACGAUAACACGGCAAAAGCGAUGGAAAUUGAACUGUUUGAUGAAGACCCAGACGAAGAUGACAAACUGGGAACUGUGAUGAUCGACAUGGCAGAACUCAAGAAGGAACAAAUUGUGGAGGAGUGGUUUGAUCUGGAAGAUGUUCCCAAAGGAAAGCUGCACCUGAAGAUGGAGUGGUUGUGUCUGCUGCCCUCACCUGAGAAACUGGACCAGGCGCUGAUGCAGAUCAAGGCGACCGGCUCCAGCGCCAUCGAUGGGCUGUCGUCUGCGGUGCUCGUAGUCUUCCUGGAUUCAGCCAGAAACCUGCCGAGCGUCUUCGAGGGGAACUUGGGUUCAGGCUACUUAAAAGAGAGGCGCUCGGCGGGCCUCGUGUUUUGUGAAAACACGUCUUCUCUCUAUAGGACCUUGUUUCGCAAUCCGUUAGAGUUCAACCAGACGGGGCUGAGGAAGGCCUCGAUCAGUAAGGCCAUCAAGUCUGGUAAAAAGGUGACCAGUGAUCCCAGUCCAAUGGUCCAGUUCAGAGUGGGACGCCAGUCCUUUAACAGCAAGACCAAAUAUAAAACCAAUGAACCAGUGUGGGAGGAAAACUUCGUAUUCCUCAUCCACAACCCAAAAAAGCAAGAGCUGCAGGUGGAGGUGAAGGAUGCAAAGCAUGAGUGUUCGUUGGGGGUGCUGGCUCUGCCCCUGACCCGUCUCCUAGAGGCAGAGGACAUGACUCUGAGCCAACGCUUCCCCCUCAAAAACUCCGGACCCAGCUGCACCCUCAAGAUGAAGAUAGCUCUGCGGGUGUUGUCUCUUGAAAAGAUAUCAACCUCACCUUCAAACUCCACCCCGUCAUCCGUCCAGGUCCGCAAGUCCAGCUCUGCUACCCCCACCCCACAACCCUCCCUUUCCUCAGAGGCCAGCAUGCCUCCGCCCUCCAUCUCAGACGUGCCCCGCUCCUCCACCGCCUCCGUCCAGGACCUGUCCAACAGGCGGAAGGAGUUGGAUCCCCCAGUGAAAUCCCUGGGGAGCGUGGACUUGGAACAGGCUGGUGUUGGAGGAAGAACUGGAGGUCAGAGCCUCGCAGAAACUGGGAAGAGCACUUCCUACCUGGCUAUCGCUGGUUCCCAGCAGUUCCUGAACGGGGGCAAGGAGCCAACGCCCAGCAUCGCUUCGGAUAUUUCCAACCCCUACGCUGCUCAGGAGCUGCAUCAGAGACUCCAGCAGCUGCCCAAUGGUUCAGAGUCCAGUCACAGCCCUCUGGGCAGCAUCCAGCUGACCAUCCGGUACAGCACGCAGAGGAACAGGCUCAUCGUGGUCGUUCACUCCUGCAGAAACCUGAUCGCUUUCACGGAUCACGGCUCAAACCCGUACGCUCGUCUCUACCUGCUUCCUGACAAAAGGAGGUCGGGACGGAGGAAAACUCACACACACAAGAAAACACAGAAUCCGAAAUUUGACGAAACGUUUGAGUUCUCCGUUACCUGGAUCGAGCUCAGUAGUCGCAAUCUGGAUGUUGCAGUGAAAAACAGUGGAGGUUUGCUCUCCAAACAUAAAGGUCUUCUUGGAAAGGUCUUGGUGGAUUUAAAUCAUGACGAUAUAACCAAAGGUUGGACACAAUGGUAUGACCUGACUGUCAACGGCCAAAUUCAACCAUAAGAAGUCUUCAUCAUCACCACACUUCCACUUAUGUCCACAGUACAUUUUUUUAUUACCCUCACGCCUUCCUUUUGAAUGUGUAAAGACUAAGAGAAAAGCAGUUUUAGACACUCAUUAAUCGCAUCAGUCGCAAGGCAAGGCUUCCCUUUAAAAAGUGAGUAAAGAACUACAGGAAUGUUAAAAGAGUAUACACAAGUUAAUGUGCCAAGAUGGAAGUUUUAUCCCAUAUUUAUAAAAGCUAGAACGGUUUAUUUUCUGUUGCCACAUACACUAUAUAUGUAUGUUUGUAUAUAUUGUAAAAUGAUGUCAGACAAACUAAAAGACGGUUUAUAUUCUGCACAUGUUAGAGAGGCUGGUGUGUUAAUGGCCAAAGGAUUGUUUGUAAUUUAAUCUGAUUUUCUUCUAUUUUUUUAUUUUCAUCCAGACAUUCUUGAUGGUUGUUGAAGGGAAGUGUGUGUGUGUGUGUGUGUGUGUGUGUGUGUGUGUGAGGGGGCAGUUGAACCAAAGAGAUGAGAAGUAUUUUAUUGCUCUAGUUCAGAUGACACAACUACACGCUGGCUUUUUAGCACUGUUAUAAAAAAAAUUAACAAGCACCGGUGAAAGAACCAAAGAAGAAGAAAUUCACUCACUGAGUUGUUAAUGGGGUUUGUUUGCUGUGCAGAAACUCUUGUUAAAAUUAAAAAAGACCAUUACCAAGUGUUACCUUUCUGUAAUUGAAUGUGACUCUUUGCACAUGAAUAUUUUAAAACCUGAUAACAAUCAUUAGUAUUGAGUGUCAACAUUACAUCUUGAGAAGUGGAUGGAAAAGCCAUAAAAUCGUUACACUUCAGAGAUGAUUGUUUUUACAGGGAAAUCUUUCCAUUGAGAUCAAGCCUGUUAAAAUUGGACGUUGCAGCAAAAAGACAGUCAGUCCAUCCUGACUGUUUCAAACAGGGAAAUCUAGGAAAAGUAUCUAAUUUUGAAAUGAAAAAUUUGAAGGAAUCCUGUGAUUUAAUGGAAAUUAAAAAAUGGUUUGUUGAUUUUAAUUAAGAACUGGUCCAGAUUAAAAUUGAGUUUUUUCAAAUUUCAUUUUGAAAAAGUUAUAUAUUAACACAGCAUCACUUUGUUUUGAUCUACAUGAAAACACCUGGCUCAUUCAAAACACCGUAAUAACCACUGCAUGCCACGCCUGCAGGUGGCGCUGUAACGCUGUGAAUGUUAAUGCACCAAAAACCACCACUCAUAAAGAUGCACCUGGGAUUAAAGGGUUAAUUUAGGCUUAUGGCCGCUCCCGUUUCAUGUUUUUGCAUUUAAACACAGGUGAAAAAACUCAACUCAUAAUUCUCCAUUUUAUUUAUUUUAUUGCCGUGUUGCUUUUUUCAUCCGUCUGACCUGCAGUGCGCAGCAGCAUGUUGCCCAUGAGGUUCAUGCUGCUCUGACCUCCGAUUCUGUUCCACUCCUGCUUUCAGAGCAAAACCAGUUAAUUUGGACUGAAAACAUGAUGGAGACUUUUUGGAAGAUUUACUUGACGUUUUCAUUCCUGACUAAAUCUACACAUAGUGGCUUUAAAAACAUAAAAUGUCUAAAUUUGGAACCAUUUUAACAUUUAUAACACUCACAGCAGGCCUGGUUGUCACUUACUUUACCAUAAGCACUGUUGUCAGUAGUUUGAUUUGUUCACUUUCUGUCUAUAGAAACAUUCAGUCUUAACUUUUUAUGUUUCACGUAUUUAAAAGGAUUUAAUUAUUAUUUUUUCUAAGAUAAUAUACCUUAUAUUGAGCAGUGCUUUUAUUUUACCGCUCUGCUUCAUAAGGGAAUAGUAUGAGCAGCAGCAUAAUGUCGGUUUUGGUAUGAAACGCUUUAGAUAAAUCCGCUGCUGCUGCUGCUGCUGUUUGACACUACAGAAGCAGCGGCUUUCUGUUGACAACCAGGGUGUGAGGUUGACCUUUGACCUUCUGAACACCUAAAACUUGUCGUUUUCUGCAUGUUGCGUUUACAUCAAGCAUUGAGAAAGUAUUUUAAAUGUGUAUAUGAAUAGUUUUGUGUCUUUUCCAUCUGUUUCACCUUUGUUCUGUUCUCUUUUGUAAGAAGCGUUACGUUCUCCUCGAGGCCUCUGAGGCUGAUGUUGUCUUCUAAAGGUGGUCCUUCUCCUCCAUCUUUUUAAUUUAUCUUGUGCCUUACGAAACACGUGACCCAGAGAUGAUACUGUAUGCAUACGUGUUGGGAAAGAGGCAGCCGGAUGCUACAUGUGUCUGAAUGUCUCUUUGACGUCUUUCAAACUGAAUAAAGAGCUUUAAGCUGACAGAAGCACACA